AUGGCGGACGUUUUAUCGAUGACAAAUAUCAAUGACAUAUAUGGAUUAACAUCAACUUUGAACUUCAAAUUAUCUUUCAUUAUUUUCGUUGCUUACGCUGGAACAUCAAGCUCCGAAGAAGAACCUAGAGAAGUUUUACAGAGAGGAUCAAACCUUCCUCAAGGUUAUUGUGGUCGUGAACACCUGAAGAAGUUGACAUGGGAAGCAGGGACCACAAUGGAACGAGCAGCGGAAGAAGCUUCUCGAGUUCAUCAUAACGACUAA